CCCGAUUAUGAUUGACGCUUUUUUGUACGAAACGAAAGAAUCUGGCACAAAAAAGCGUCGUUCUGCUCCGUGAAACGAGAUAUUAAUCGCUAAAGUUGACUGUUUAGGUUAAUAAAUCUAUCAUACCGACAUAGCAUUCAAUGUUUGUAGAGCUAUGUCGGUAUUAUAGAUUUUGAUGAGAGGGAAAAGGACGAAAAGUGAAAAGUAUAGAAUUUAGCUAUUCAAAUCUCUCUCUCUUUCUCUCUCUCUGUCAACACUCAAUACACUUUCUUUAAGUUGAAAGAAAGGCGGCAAAUAGCAGUACGUUAUUGGAAGAAGAGAGAAUGUAGAAAAUAAAACAGGAUUUGGCAGAGCCAUGACAAGCUGGUAGUCCAUUACUGAUGUGUAUGCUCAAUGUUUUACGUUUGCGUAUUAUUAUUAUUACGUAUAAUUCUCAGAAAAAAGACUUCGCUCAAAGAGAGAUACGAUAGAAAUUAAAUGGGUUAGAAAUUCAUGAAUUUAUUUUAGUGAAGAAAUUAAAUAUAAAUUCUUGAAUAUAUUGUGAUUGCUUGACUGAUAUGGAACCUCCGGAAGAAUUUCCGUUUCCUUUCCCAGCAUAUGAAAUUCAAAAGCGAUUUAUGAGAGAACUUUAUAAUUGCUUGGAAGGCAGCAAAUUGGGCCUUUUUGAAAGUCCUACUGGAACUGGGAAAUCCCUGUCACUUAUCUGUGGCGCGCUUAAGUGGUUGAUCGAUCAUGAGAGAUGGAGAAAGCAAGAGUUAACUUCGGUGAUUGCGGAAAUAGACGAUAAAAUAAAGAGCUGCGAGAAGCCAUCAGACAAUUGGUUUACAGUGCAAACGGAGCAAAUAGAACUCAAUGCCAAGAAACAACCAUUGCAAGCCACAUUAAAUGCACUCCUCGAAUAUGAAAAUGAAAGAGAGAAGCUUAAGAAAUUGAUUGAAUCGAAGAAAGCUUCGCAAACGAAAACAAGUGGAAAAGUAAGACAACAAUUCAUCAAAAAGAUUCCAGAGUCAGAUAAAACAACAUAUAAGAUGGAAGAAGUGGACGCUGAUAUUUGUGACAUUGAGAAGGCUUUUAUCUUGGAAGAUGGAUUAUCAAACUCGGAAGGUUCCGAGGAUGAAGAUGCGGAAGAACCAUUACAAAAACACCAAGAUUUUUUCUGUUCCAGAACACAUUCACAAUUGACACAGUUUGUCCAUGAAUUAAAGAGAUCUCCAUAUUCUCAAGAUAUUUCUGUAGUACCACUGUCAUCAAGGCAAAAUUAUUGCAUUAAUAAAAACAUCAAGAGAUUGAAGCACACGAAUCUGAUUAAUGAAACCUGUCUUCAAUUGCAAAGGAAAAAGACUACUGUUAAGAAGGAAAAAGAUUUAAAGAGAGCUAAAACCACAAAUGGUUGUCCUUUCAUACCAGGUGAUCAGAAAUUAUUAAUGGCCGAGGUUCUAACAAACAUUCAAGAUGUUGAGGAGAUAACACGAAAAGGACAAGAAAAUAACACUUGUCCGUAUUAUGGCUCGAGGAAAUCUCUGCAAAAUGGACAAUUGAUAUUGGUACCGUACAAUUCAAUUCUUCAUAAAAAUACUAGAACCAGUUUAGGGAUAGAUUUAAAAGGGAACAUAUUGAUAAUAGACGAAGCUCACAAUUUAUUGGAGGCCAUCGAAGGAAUGCAUAGCUCUGUAAUCACGGGGAGAAAUUUGCUUCACUGUUACAGUCAAUUAUCGCAAUAUCAGAAAAGAUUUGAAUCUUUAUUCUCUGCUAAAAGUGUGAUGUAUCUGGGCCAGCUAAGUUUCUGCUUGAAGAAACUUCUGACUCUCUUCGGAGCAACAACAAAGUCUCAUCCCAACGAUGAGAUUAAUAAAACGAUAGCAUCCAGAUUGUACAAACUGGAAGAAUUCGAAGUACUUACAGAGAUCGACACAAUAAACAUAUUCAAACUGUUAGAAUUUGUUAAAACCUCAAAGCUCAUUCAUAAAUUACAAGGAUUUGUUGAACAGUAUGACAAUAGUAUAAAGAUCAAUGAACAGAAAGCAAAGAAAACCGGGAUAACGGAAUUUUUAAACUCGAUUAAAAACAACGAUACAAAUUCUCAAGAAAUUGUUAAUGUUGCGGAUACUCCAAAUAGUAACGAAGAGCAAACGAGCAAUCCGUUGAUGGCAAUUUUGAGCUUCUUAGAAUGUUUAAAGAGCAGCUGUACAGACGGCAGAAUAUGUGUUUUACUUGGCGCUACUAUCGGACAAGGAAUUAUAAAAUUUCUAUUGUUAAAUCCAGCAGCACAUUUUCAUGACGUGGUGAAAGACGCCAGAUCUGUGAUAUUGGCUGGUGGCACAAUGGAGCCAAUGUCCGAAUUUAUUGAUCAAUUAUUUUUAAUGGCGGGUGCCACACCGGAGAGAAUAAUGACAUUUUCAUGCGAUCAUGUAAUUCCCAAGGAAAACAUUAUAUCCAAUGUCGUAAUGCGUGGCCCGACUGGAGUUGAAUUUGAAUUUAAUUUUCACAAUCGACAAGAUACAAGAUUGUUGGAUGAAUUAGGUAGAGCAUUAUUAAAUUUAUGUAACAUUGUACCAGCUGGAAUUGUAGUUUUCUUCCCAUCUUACAACUAUGAGGAUAUAGUAUUUAAACAUCUAGAUAAAUUUGGUAUCAUAUCCAAAAUAUCUACAAAGAAACAUAUCUAUCGUGAACCUAAAUUAGCAUCGCAGGUUCAUGUGAUAUUGGAUCAAUAUGCAUAUUCUAUCAAGAAUCCGCAAUCCCCUUGUAACGGAGCAUUGCUAUUCAGCGUAGUUGGUGGUAAAUUAAGCGAAGGUUUAAAUUUUUCUGAUGAUUUAGGCCGGUGUGUCAUAGUCAUUGGCUUGCCAUAUCCUAACAUUAAGUCACCAGAAUUACAAGAAAAAAUGAAAUACUUAAACGAGCAUGUUAAACCAGACGCUGGAAAUAUUUUUUAUGAAAAUGCUUGCAUGAAAGCGGUGAAUCAGUGUAUUGGUCGAUCCGUUCGUCAUAUCAACGAUUAUUCGACAGUUGUAUUGUUAGACAGACGUUAUUGUCAAAAAGUUAAAGUACUACCUCAAUGGAUUCAACGUUCUAUCGUGAUAAAUGAUUCAUUUGGAUCUGUAGUUGGUAACAUUGCAAAAUUUUUCGCAGCCAAAAGAAUUAAGAAAAUUUAAUCUAUGAUAAUGAUAGUGAUGUGUCAAUGGAUUAAUUAUAAAUAUUACUAAAUUAUUCAAUUUGAUGGUCAUUAUUACUGGUCGCAGUAAUAACACCUGUAUUAUAAUUAUUUUUUUACUAUUAAAUAAAAUAAUAAAAAAGUUUUAAUCUGAAA